AUGCUCCUCCUCGUCAGAGCGCCCACAGGGGCGGAGCUGCGUGUCCUGCGCGCCUUACGUCAUUCACCUCGCUGCCACUUCUCGUGGGCGUUUAAUCGUCUCAAGACAAGAAGGCCCAGUACGGUACGGCAAGAAAUUGGCCUGAGUCAAGCUGGCACUGACCAAUUCAUUUCUUCAGAGUGCUGCACUGCUGCACUGAUUCUCAGGUGCCUUUGCCUGGGCGGAGUUGCACCACCCUUUGCCAAGGGGCCAGGCUCAAGGAAGGGCAGGACUGCAGACCAGGCGUGCUCUGCAUCUGUGACCAGCCCUGGGGGGAGCACCUGGCAGGAGGCUGACUGCUCUGCUCCAGCCCCACCACAGGUGAGGAAAUCGAGGUCCCAAGAAGACUCCCGGCUGAGAAUUGGCAGUGGAGCUGUGCACCAGAAGCAAGGAUUUCGUCUUUGCUGCUCUCCAGAAGGAAGCAGCUGGAAGAGGCCAGGUGGCACUUUCAACACAGUGCCUGGAAAUUUCCCGGGCCAGCUCACAUGUUCAUUGGUGAGAACAAGAGCAGAGCUGUGGAUGCCGCUGGGGUGUGACAGACAGCGGGGCAAGGGUCCAUCCAGGAAGGUGUGGGCAGGUUGGCUAGCUCUGCAGUGGCAUGGAAGAAAGAGCCCCACCACACCCUAGCGUGGACACCCCACGUCAACCAUCUAUAGGACUCUGAAAGAGGAUUAGGCAAGUUGGUAUUUUGCAGAAGAGGAAGCUGGCUCCCAGUGGGCCAAUGACGGGCAUGGUCCUGCAGCUGAUCUGGAGAGGGGAGGUCUCUCGAUCCAAAAUCUGUGCACUUUGACGACACCGCAAACUCAAUGUCUUUACCUUUAAUCCCGAGGGCUACUGUCUUCCACGCACCAGUGUGCUGUAACGACAGAAACCUCAUCCUCCUUUGCAUUCCUACGUCCACAGAUUACACCAAGAAUUCUGGACCGUGCACCUGCUUUGCUGGCUAUAAUGGGACGGAAAUGUGGCUGAAACGGCAUGAGAAGAGUCUCUGAAGCCGCCUUUGUUCCCUUGAGUCUGGAAGAUGGGACACACAGUCUCUCCUCCAGCGUCUUAGAAUCUUGAGUGCGACAGGUGAGGCACAGCCAUUCGCACUGGCUGCGGAGAGAAUCAUCAGGUCAGUGGAGUCCAGAGCCGACCCUGGCCUCCAAAAAGUUUGUUUCCUUUUCGUUGCCAGACAGGAAGGGACAAGUCUGAAAUCCAAUCUCUUUAUCCAGGGAUGGGAGAUUGACCCUUUUGUAGGUGAGAGAUACAAUCAAACAGUACGUGACUUUCUGCUGGUUUUGUCCAUGAUAAUGAGACCCUGUGAGAACACACCAACCAUGCGGAGAGCUGGAGAACAUUCCAGGAGGAGGGAACAGGAAAUAGAAAGCCCUGAGGAAAGAACGCACAGGGCAAGUCUCAGGAACAGAAAGGAGACCAGUGCCACUAAAACAGGGUCCAGCAAACUUUUCUUGCCAAGGACCACCUAGUAGAGAUUUUAAGCCUUUGUGAGCGGCAGCUACUCAGCUUUUUGUCGCACAAAAGCCGCCCCGAUAAUGCCUACACGAAUGAGCAUGGCUG